AUGCGCUAUACUCUUUCACUGACUCGCUUGAUUCGUUCAUGCAAUCGUUGCAAGAAGACCACAAAACUUAUAAAUAGAAGCAUGAGUUCGACGGAAACGAUCAACGUGACGGCGCAGCCGAUCUCCGACACCGUCCAUGACAUGUUCAAGCCGUUGCAACAACCGGUGUUUCUGCAGACGACCUCUGCGCAGGUCAUCACUGGGAUAUUCGUGUGGACUGCACUCUUUAUUACUUGCCAACAGAUCUAUCAACAUUUGCGCUGGUACACGAAUCCAUCAGAGCAGCGCUGGAUCGUUCGCAUCCUAUUCAUCGUGCCGAUCUACGGCUGCUACAGUUGGAUCUCACUACUCUUUUUCAAUGGCGACUCUUAUUACGUUUACUUCUUCACCGUUAGAGAUUGCUAUGAAGCGUUCGUGAUCUACAGUUUCCUCUCGCUCUGUUACGAGUACCUGGGCGGCGAGGGGAACAUCAUGUCGGAGCUCCGCGGGCGGCCGGUCCGCGCGUCCUGCGUCAACGGCACCUGCUGCCUCUCGGGAGCGACCUACACGAUCGGAUUCCUGCGAUUCUGCAAGCAGGCCACGCUGCAGUUUUGCCUCAUUAAGCCAGUUUGCGCUUUCAUCAUCAUAUUCCUACAGUCUGCUGGCCACUACCACGACGGUGAUUGGAGCCCUAACGGCGGUUACCUUUACAUCACGAUUGUGUACAACUUCUCUGUCAGUCUUGCCCUCUACGGUCUCUUCCUCUUCCUCGGCGCCACAAGGGAGAUGCUAAAACCUUUUGACCCCGUGUUGAAGUUCUUCACUGUCAAGUCAGUCAUCUUUUUGUCGUUCUGGCAAGGCGUGGGGCUGGCGAUCCUGGAAAAGGCGGAGGUGAUCUCGCCGCUGGUGGACGCGCGCGGCGUGCCGACCACGGCGGGCACGGUGUCGGCCGGCUACCAGAACUUCCUGAUCUGCAUCGAGAUGCUGGCGGCCGCCGUGGCGCUGCGCUACGCGUUCCCCGCCGCCGUGUACGCGCACGCGCGCCGCGACCCACACCGCUCCGUCACCAUGCAGUCCAUCUCCAGCAGCCUCAAGGAAACCAUGAAUCCGAAAGAUAUUAUGACAGAUGCGUUCCAUAACUUCCAUCCGCAAUACCAACACUACACGCAGUAUAGCUCCGAUGUCACAUCUCAUCUGCCUUAUGAGAAAUUAUAA